UGCAGUUGUGUAAGCCAAGCAUCUACCAGUCAUCUCUGACUGCUUUCUUUCACAUCUUACGGGCUGUAUCCCCAAGAUACAUCCAGUACCCAGCCACUUCUCACCACGUCCACGGCGACAUCCUUAGUUCCAGCCCCUGGAUUAUCCUGAAUGGGCUCCCUGCUUCUUUCUUCCAUCCUGGUCAGUUUCCAGGAGGGGACCGUGAAUGAGCUUUUAAAAAUGUAAAUCAGAGUAUGUCCCUCCUCUACUCGGAAAACUCCAUUGUGUUCCCAUUUCUCUUAGAACAGUGGUUCCCAAUCAGGGGCGAGUCCCCUUCUCCAAGGGACAUCUGCAGCGCCUGGAGACAUUUUUGCGUGUCACAAACGGAAGGAGGGUGCCACUGUUAUCUAGUGGGUAGGGACCAAGGGUGCCGCUAAGCCUGCUACGGUGCAAAGACUAGUCCUUUACAAGAGUUAUCUGGUCAGAAUGUCAACAGUGCCGAAGCUGAGAAACCCUGAGUUAGAGAAAGAGCCUUUACGAUGGCCUACGUGUCUCCUUGAUACGGCAUCCACUACCUCUGGACCUCAUCUCCGACCGCCCUCUGCCUGGUUCACUCCACUCCUGCUGUAUUUACUACCUCCCCCUCCCCCAUACUCAUAGUCUGAAUGAUGUUUUCCACAGGAUCGGCCACCUCUAUUGUUUAAGGCUUUUCCUCCUCUGUCCUCCUUUUGCUCUGGGUUAUUAGGUUCCUGCAAGUUACUUGGGAGCUGAUCACGACUGCAAGCUAAAGAUGGUGAUGGUGAGUCGCCUGAGGGUCAUUCUUCAAGCCUCUCCAGGCAAGGCACAGUGGAGAAGGUUCCAGAUUCCGAGGUCCAUGCUAGCAAGGCCCUGCAGCCUCUACACCUGCACUUACAAAACCCGGAACCGAGCCUUGCACCCUCUCUGGGAGAGCGUGGACCUGGUCCCGGCGGGUGAGCGCCAGUCGCCCAUCAACAUCCGGUGGAGGGACAGUGUCUACGAUCCUGGCUUAAAACCGCUCACCAUCUCUUACGACGCGACCACCUGCCUCUGCGCCUGGAAUAACGGGUACUCUUUCCUCGUGGAAUUUGAAGACUCUGCAGAUAACUCAGGUGAGAGCCAGACCUGUCUGUGGUCUCAUCUGGAGUUAAAGGGACAGUUUCAUGUCAGCACAGGCCACAUCGCGAGGCCUCCACGGGAGCGGGGACCUCUUUUGUUAGCAGUGGCACGGGACUCCCUGGACUGA